AGAUCGGCACUAGCCAAGCAACAUCUACUGCACCACAGAAGAAACACGCUUGCCGAGAUGGACUCGUUCAAGCAGAAGGCGAAGAACGUGUUCACCACACGCGAAGGCGCGCUGGAAGCCGCCGCAGCCGCGGCGCUGGUCGCCGGCGCUGCCGUGGGCAUCUACUUCCUCUGGCCUGCUGGGGCGGUGGCCGCCGGCGCCACGAUGAAGGCGCCAGGCGCGGCCGGCUUCUUCAUCUCCCGCGCGGCAUUCGUGGCGAAUCCGCAGCUGUAUUUUCAGAUACUGCGCACUGCCGGCGCCGCGGCGGCGGCCGCUGCCUUCGCUCUGUAAGGGAGCGCAGAGCAUCCAUGCAUGCAUGCGCGCGCAUCUGCCGCUUGCCGCCCCGGUCGAUCUAGUUAAGUUAGAGUUAUCGCGUGAAAAUGUCGCGUGUGUUGGGUUGUCUCUGUCGAUCUGCCUCUCGUUGCUUCUGUCGAUCUACUGAAGUUGUUGUCUCCGUGCAUGCAGGCGCGUGUGCCGUUCUUUGUUUGUGUCAAUUUAAGUAAGGUGGUUGUUUUUAUUUCCUAAUGAGGUUGCUGUUCAGUUAUCUUAAUGUGCUCUAUGAU